AUGAAUUUUUCAUCUGUGGAUGGUAAUGGUUCCUUGGCUGUGACUUAUCGGGACACACUCACUACAGCUGUGACCAAGAAUGUGAUUGUUGUGGCUCUUUGCAUUUGCAUCAACUACAUCAAUGGUACCCUGGUCCACACCUUCAACAAACACCAGAUCUUCAAUGUCCAUCCUCGUUACAUACUCUUCAUCCAUCUGGUAAUAAAUGAUAUGAUGCAACUGGCCCUCUCCAGCUUUCUCCAUGUCAUCAGCUAUGCCCUAUACACCAUCAAUGUGUCCUUCUGUUGCCUCCUACUCAUUGUCGCCAUCUUUGCUACCCUGAAUACCCCACUAAGUUUAGCUGGUAUGGCAGUGGAGUGUUACAUCGCCAUCUGCAUCCCCCUCCGUUACGGACAGAUCUGUACAGUUAAGAGAACCUAUGUUGUGAUUGGAUUAAUCUGGGUGUUAAGCACAGUCUCCAUCCUACCAGAUCUCUUUAUCCUCCUGGCUACAGAACCUCUGGAGUUCUUCUAUUCCAGAGUUUUCUGUGUCAGGGACUAUGUUUUCAGGAGCACCUACAGUCUGGAGAAAAGGGAUGCUUCCCACAUAGUUUUUCUAGUCCUAGUUUGGCUCACUCUGUUGAAUAUAUAUUUCAGGAUUCUGUUUGCUGCCAAAGCAGCAAACACAGAUGUUAAGAAAGCCAGAAACACGAUCCUCCUUCAUGGUUUUCAGUUACUAUUAUGCAUGCUCACUUACGUGCAGCCCAUGUUAGAAAACAGCCUGCUAUACUUAUUCCCCAAACACAUCCUGACAAUGCGCUUCACCGGCUAUAUCUUUAUUCAGAUCUUGCCGCGGUUUGUUAGUCCUAUUGUGUAUGGGCUACGGGACCAGACCUUCAGGAGGUACUUGAAACGGUACCUUUGUUGUAAAGUGAGAACAAGUACCCACCCACAAAUUGUCAAGCACCGCAGUAACAGGGCAGUGAAAAUACCUUAG